AUGUUAGACGUCAAUCAAUUUAUUGUCGAGAAGGGUGGUAACCCAGACUUGAUUAAGGAAUCUCAAAAGGCUAGAUACGCCAGUGUCGAAUUGGUCGACGAGAUCAUUGCUGAUUACAAGAACUGGGUCAAGACUAGAUUCGAAUUGGAUGAAUUGAACAAGAAGUUAAAUAAAUUGCAAAAAGAUAUUGGUUUGAAGUUUAAAACCAAGGAAGAUGCUUCUGAACUAUUAGCUGAAAAGGAUAAGAUCAACGACGAAAAGAAGCAAUUGAUUGAAAAGGAACAACAAGAAGAUAAGGACUUGAAGUAUAAGGUUAAUCAAAUUGGUAAUAUCGUUCAUCCAUCUGUCGUCGUUUCUAAUGAUGAAGAUAACAACGAAUUGGUUAAAACUUGGAAACCUGAAGGUCUUGAAGAAGUUGGUCCAAUUGCUUCAGCUACUGGUAAACCAGCAGCUUUAUCUCAUCAUGAAAUUCUAUUGAGAUUGGACGGUUACGAUCCAGAACGUGGUGUCAAAAUUUCUGGUCACAGAGGUUAUUUCUUGAGAAACUACGGUGUCUUUUUAAACCAAGCUUUAAUCAACUAUGGUUUAAACUUUUUGGCUAAAAAUGGUUACGUUCCAUUGCAAGCUCCAGUCAUGAUGAACAAAGAAGUCAUGGCCAGAACCGCUCAAUUGUCCCAAUUCGACGAAGAAUUAUACAAAGUCAUUGAUGGUGACGAUGAAAAGUACUUGAUUGCUACUUCUGAACAACCAAUCUCUGCCUACCACAGUAACGAAUGGUUCGAAAAACCACAAGAACAAUUACCAAUCCGUUAUGUCGGUUACUCUACUUGUUUCAGAAGAGAAGCCGGUUCUCACGGUAAGGAUGCUUGGGGUAUCUUCAGAGUUCACGCUUUUGAAAAAAUUGAACAAUUCGUCUUAACUGAACCUGAAAAGUCUUGGGAAGAAUUCGAUAAGAUGAUUAACCACUCCGAAGAAUUUUACAAAUCUUUGAAAUUGCCAUACCGUGUCGUUGGUAUCGUUUCUGGUGAACUAAAUAACGCUGCCGCCAAGAAAUACGAUUUGGAAGCUUGGUUCCCAUACCAAAAGGAAUACAAAGAAUUGGUUUCUUGUUCCAACUGUACUGACUACCAAUCUAGAAACUUAGAGAUAAGAUGUGGUAUUAAGAAAAUGGGUGACAGAGAAAAGAAAUACGUUCACUGUUUGAACUCUACCUUGUCUGCUACUCAAAGAGCUUUAUGUUGUAUUUUAGAAAACUAUCAAACUGAAGAUGGUUUGAUCAUUCCAGAAGUCCUAAGAAAGUACAUGCCAGGUGAACCAGAAUUUAUUCCAUUCGUUAAGGAAUUGCCAAAGAACUCCACUUCUAACAAGAAGAAAUAA